AUGGUUGAGAAGUUUGAAGAUUCUAUAGAUUUAAUGUCGUUUUUACAAAAUAACCGUAACGAGAAUAAGUUUUUCGAUAACACUGAUUAUCCGGCUGGUAAAGGAUUAAACUUAUCAAACGCGAAUAUUAAUAUGGAUCAAAGUGAUAAUAAUAUUUUAUUUUCCCAAGUGAGUGACAUAAAUGCAAAUCCCCCAACAUGUUUCGAAAACAAAAAUUGGUUAAAUGAAUUUGAGUUACCAGAUGGUGCUAAUAAUUAUACAAAGGGUCAUAUAGAUGAAAAUGGAGGUGCACCAGGGGCAGAGAACGGUACAGGAGGUAACGGUUCAUUAAGCUCGUUAUCACCAACGACACAUAAAUCAUUAUCCACCCCAAACAGUAAUUCCUCAAUGUUUUCAAAUGAUAAAAUGCCAGUAGUCGAAGAAAAUGCUGACAAAAAGAAGGCACAGAAUAGAGCAGCUCAAAGGGCCUUUAGAGAAAGAAAAGAAGCUAAAUUGAAUACUUUGGAACAUCAAUUAAAGGAAAGUGAGGCUAAUAAAGAGGCAUUACAGAAAGAGGUAGAUUCGCUGAGAAAAUUAAACCAAGAGAUUCAUGCCGAAAAUAGAACUUUAUUGAGAAGACAAGAUGAUGAUAGUGUGUCAAAUUUAAUGAAUUAUAAUCCAAUUAAUUCCAUUAGACAAUAUUCAGAUGAUCAAAUGGCCAAAGAAAAUGUUGUCCAUCGUCGUAGGGAUGAUUUUUAUAAAGAUUUGAUGAACCAAGUGAAUUCGGUUAAUGAAAUACAUGGUCAGAAAGUACAAAAUAAGACAUACCAAGACAACAGUGGUAACUUUAUAAUGACAAUUCCUGCUACAUGGGAAUAUUUACAGAAGAAUUAUGGAGAAGAUAUUGAUAUAAUACAAGUCAUUGAAGCUCUGAAAGGGAAAGAAGUGUGCCAUGGCGCUGGUGGAGCCUAUCCAAAGGUACUUGUAGAUGAGGCAAUACAACAACUCAUGGAUGCACAAUAA